UCAAAACUUGAAAUAAAAAGCAAAAUCAUUUUAUUUCCUCCAUUCAUGUGGAAAAUGACGAAAUGCCAGUCAUCUCUCUCUAGAUCAAUGGCUUGUUGUAUAGGAAGUACCUCAGGAAUGGCCGGGUGGAAGGGCUGCGUAGCACAAGGUGUGUGGGAAGGGUCUUCCCUGCCUCGGCACAUGGUCACCAACCGGCAGCUCCAGGUGUUCUCUUCAUUAACUAAGAAUUCUUACCCUGCGUCUGGCGUUGUUCUAUGUGCUUUAUAAAUAGUGACUCCUGUAAUUAUCCUCGGGACCCUCUGAAGUAGGCACAUUUCAUCCCCAUCGUACAGAUGGAGAGACUGGGAUGUGGAAAGGCCCACACGCUACCAGGAAGUAAUGGAGCGGGUUUUGAACCCAGGGGUCUGGCUGCAGAACCCAUGCUGUCGGCCACAGUUGUAACUAUGCACCUGAGUCCGGGACGAGGAUAGAAGACAUCUUGGUCUCUUCAUUUUAGACAUUGGUCCUGCUGUGAGCCCUACAAUGGGACAGACAGUGGGGACAAAGCAAGUACAUGUGUUGUGUCUGAAGAUACCCCGAGCCUCAUUGAAAAUAGAGACUGGAAAAGACUGAGGAUGCAAUGGUUAAGCUAAUCAUAAUGUUUGAAAGCAUUAGAGAAGACUAGGAAGUACCAGAGAUGAAAACUAGGAGAAGGAAGCAAAGUAAAUAAAGAGCUUCAAGAACAGUUGAGAGGCCAGCAGUGCCCUCUGUAAUAGGUGUCAUUGGUGAGACUCGUUCAGUGGUGUGGGGGGCAGAAUCCAUAGCGCUGUUGUUUAUAUAAAUGUGUAUAAAAUUGCAGUGGAAAUUGUUACUAUCUCCAGAAGAGAAAGGGGGCAAAUCAUAUUAAAGAGAAUAAAAUACAAAAGAAGUAUAAAUGUAGACAAAAUAAAAAUAUUUUAACACAGUAAUCAAGAGAUUGAAAUUUAAAAUAUAGUCUAAAUUUAAAACAAGUUAAAAAUGCAAUGUUUAUAGACUUCUGCUUCUGACCAAGAUGGAGUAAUAGGGAGUGGAUUUAUCUUCUUGCCCAAACAACUCAACAACAACAAAAAGGCAAAGUACAUGAAACAAUUGUUUGAAGACACUGGAUGUCAGACAGUGCAGGACAGUCAUCUCUGUGAGAUGGAAAACCAACGAGGCAAGCCCUCUGGCCGCCCCAGCGUACUGCCUGGAGAGGGUCCCAGGUUACAGCAGAGGAAGGUGAAACUGCAUUGGAGCCAGCAGACUCACAGAGUGUUGGGCGUGAGCAGCAUCUAGAACACAGUGAAGGGCAAACUGUCACCCUCAAAGACUUUGCCUUCUCGGAUCUGGAUCUCUCAUUCCUCAAGAAAGCAUCAACAAGCACACAGAGGGCAUGGAAGCCCAGUCACUCCCUGCCCGGUUCCCUGCACUGGUGACCUUCAAGGAUGUGCUUGUGAACUUUACCAGGGAGGAGUGGAAGUUCCUGGAUGCUGCGCAGCAGGUCAUGUACAGAGAUGUGAUGCUGGAGAACUAUAGGAACCUGGUUUCCUUGGGACAUCGACUUCCCAAGCCUGAUGUGAUCCUCCAGUUGGAAAAAGGGGAAGAGCCAUGGCUGGUGGAGAGGGGGACUCACCAAGGUGCCCAUCCAGAUUGGGAUACUGCAGUUGAAAUUAAAGCAGUUUCCAAUAAGAGCAUUUCCAAAGAUAAACAAUCCUAUGACAUUAAAAAGGAAGGAAUGGUAAAGAGUGAUCUGUGGUAUCUGUCAUUAGAAGAAGUCUGGAAAUGUGAAGAUCAGUUGGACAGGUAUCAGAAAAACCAGGACAAACAUUUGAGGCAAGUGGCAUGUACCCAAAAAAAAGUAUUUUCUCCAGAAAGAGUCAGUGAACAUGGUAAAUUCAGGGAAAACUGUCUUCUUCCUGGUCAGCUAGUACAGAGAGAGUAUUUCCAUAAACAAGACUCAUGUACUAAAAGUUCUAAAGGUGAUUUAGUUAUUAGUGGUCAUCAGGAAAGCUCUGUAAGUAAUAGCAGUGAAUGUAGCCAAACCUUCUGUCGGAACAUUCACCGUAUUCAAUUUUCAAAAACUCAAACACGAGAUAAAGCCUACAAAUGCCCAGAGAAUGAUAACUCUCAUAGGCAUGGCACAUCCCAUGGUAUAUCCAAGGGUAUGCAUAGAGAGAAACCGUAUGAAUGUAAGGAAUGUGGAAAAUUCUUUAGCUGGCGUUCUAAUCUUACCAGGCACCGGCUUAUUCAUACUGGAGAAAAACCCUAUGAAUGUAAAGAAUGUGGAAAAUCUUUCAGCCGUAGUUCUCACCUCAUUGGACAUCAAAAGACUCACACUGGUGAGGAACCCUAUGAAUGUAAAGAAUGUGGAAAAUCCUUCAGCUGGUUCUCUCACCUUGUUACCCAUCAGAGAACUCAUACAGGAGACAAACUCUACACAUGUAAUCAGUGUGGGAAGUCGUUUGUUCAUAGCUCCAGGCUUAUUAGGCACCAGAGAACUCAUACUGGGGAGAAACCUUACGAAUGUUCCGAAUGUGGGAAAUCUUUCAGACAGAGCACACAUCUCCUUUUGCAUCAGAGAACACAUGUUCGAGUGAGGCCCUAUGAAUGUAAUGAAUGUGGGAAGUCUUACAGCCAGAGAUCUCACCUUGUUGUACAUCAUAGAACUCACACUGGACUGAAACCCUUUGAGUGUAAAGAUUGUGGAAAAUGCUUCAGUCGAAGCUCUCACCUUUUCUCACACCGAAGAACCCACACUGGAGAGAAACCAUACGAAUGUCAUGAUUGUGGAAAAUCCUUCAGCCAGAGUUCUGCCCUCAUUGUGCAUCAGAGAAUUCAUACUGGAGAGAAACCAUAUGAAUGUUGUCAGUGUGGGAAAGCCUUCAUUCGGAAGAAUGACCUCAGUAAGCAUCAGAGGAUCCAUAUUGGAGAAGAGAUUUAUAAAUGUAACCGUUGCGAAAUUACGUUCGUCCUCAACUCUCCAUUUAUAGUACGUCAGAUAGCUCACACUGGAGAGCAGUUCCUAACCUGUAAUCGGUGUGGGACAGCACUUGUUAAUAGCCCUAACCUUAUGAGACACCAGGCAAGUGAUAUUAGAGAAAGUACAUAUUAAUAUAAUGAAUAUGAAAAACUUUUCACAAAGAACAGUAACUUUACUUAGCUUUGUAGAACUCUGGAGCAGUGGUUCUCAACCUUCCUAAUGCCGCGACCCUUUAAUACAGUACCUCAUGUUGUGGUGACCCCCAACCAAAAAAUUACUUUCGUUGCUACUUCAUAACUAUAAUUUUGCUACUGUUAUUAAUCGUAAUGUAAAUAUCUGAUAUGCAGGAUGUAUUUUAAUUGUUCGUGACUCACAGGUUGAGAACCGCUGCUCUGGAGAGAAGCUGUACAUUGUAAUCCAUGUGGAAAGGCUUUCAGUCUUGUACUGUCCUUUAUUUUUUUUGCACUGAGGACAUCAUGAACCCAUAGUGUGUGUAUGAAUUCAUUUCUGAGGGUCAAUUAACAAAUUUUCACAUUUUAUGAAAAAUAAUUGUUUCCAUACAAAGGUUUUCUCUUCUUGGAGAGGAUCCUAAAUCUUUAGUUUCUGUCCAUGACCCUAAAAAAGUUUAGGAAGAGAAUCUGUCUUAAUUCUGUAUAAAUGGCUCUCCUGUGUAUAGGGACUGACCAUUAUUUGUCAUUCUCUAGCAAACAAUAUAUAUGUUAAAUGUUCAAGAGUAAAAUGUUUAUAUAUUUCCCAGGAAAAGAAAUCUAGAAAUGAUUGUGAGAACCACAAGCUUUCAGAACUAGAAGGAAAAUGAUUCUGGUUAACUCAUGCUCUUUAUUGUACGUUGAGACCCUGUGAAUUGGUUUAGGGCUCACGUUUUGAAAAAGGGCUGUUUUUAUUGAUUUUUGAGCAAGUGAGAGACACCGAUGUGAGAGAAAACAUUGAUCGGUUGUCUCCCACAGGCGCCCUGACUGGAUGGAACUGGCAACCUGGUUAUGUGCCCUGACCAGGAAUAAGAUUGGCAACCUUUUGGUGCACAGGAGGAUGCUCAACCAACUGAGCCACACCAGCCAGGGCCAGGUUCACAUUUUGAAUGAAGUCAGACCCAGAUCUAGAUCACAGGCCCCUCCAUUACUGGUGCUCUCCUCAGUGCUUACAUAUGUGUAACAUUCCUAUCAGAACCAGUUUUCAUUGUAAGCAGUGGUUCUUUGUGUGAAUGGAAGAGAAGCCCCUUAACCGAGCCCCUUAGACUUUCUGAUAACUUAUGGCUGUUUUUCUCAACUGUAUAAUGGAGGUGCUACCAGUGUCUGCCUCAGGGAGUUGUGUGAAUUCGUGUGAUAGCGUGUAUCCUGUAUGUAAAACUGCCUGCAAAUAGUGCUACCUGUGUUGGAUAGUAACAUUAUCAAUAUUACUAUUUUUAACAUCCUAAGGAAUGUGGGAAGAGAUGUGUCUAUGGAUGAUCACUGAAAUAACAUGAUAGUGCAAUUUGCAAUAUAAAAAUGUAUAAUAAAAUGCUUAUUUAUAGUGUAUCCAUGUAAUAUGCUGACAUUAAAAUUAUGAAAAGUUCAGUAACAGGAA